UCAGCGUGCGAUAUUACAUUACGACAUAUCAAUUUAUUGUUUUUCUCACUUCGCCGAGAUCAGUAGAUGAUUGAUAAUCUUAAUCUUCGCUCGUGACCCAGGUCAUCAGUAUCUUACCGAAGGAGUGCAAAAGACAGGCACUAUUUAGUUGUGGCAUUACUUCGCGAAACUAUCAAGUAACAACAUUUAAUAAUGUUCAAGUAUCUUGCAAUAGUUUUUAUUCUUUGGUGUCUAACGCAACGAUAUGCAUUUGCUCAAAUUGACACGACUCAGAUUCCAUUAAAAUCGUUAAAAACAAAUAAUCCCAAUUGUAGUGAAAUUGCAGAGGAGUUCAAUAAGAAGCACGUGGUUGUUAUGAACGGACACAAUAACUAUCACGUGGGCCAGCAGGUAUUUUAUAUAUAUAACGAACAACAAUUGAAAGGAUUAUUACCGAGUAGUAAGGAAAGAUUGAAUGGUUAUAUGGUCACACCUGGCAUAAAUGCGCACAAGCUUCAUCCACGCAAGCUCACCUGGAAUAAGGCUCGCCAGGCUUGUAUCCAAGAAGGAGGUCAUUUGGCGAUUAUCAAUUCGGAUUCGGAGGAGAAGAUUCUUUUGCGUAUGUUGCAAGAGGGACAGAUGGACGUGGCUUGGCUCGGGCUUCAUGAUUAUUUUGAAGAGGGCGAUUGGGUUACUGUUAAAGGCGAGGCGUUAGAAAAUACUGGGUACACGAGGUGGACUACUAAAUGGCCAAACGAACCAGAUAACUAUAAGGGUCAAAAUUGCGCGGCUCUUAUUGUGGAAGGUGGAAUGGACGAUAACUCUUGUAACAACUUGUUUUCCUUUUUCUGCGAGAUUCCUCUGUAAAAUUAUAUUGCGUUAGAGAGAUCUGCUUGUGCGACAGAUAAUCACGCGCGUAUAUACAUGCAUUUAUAAUAGUACGUGUAAAUAAAUGAGCAAUUCUCCAUUUA